AUGAAAGAUUGCUGAAAUACAAAUAAAAAGGAUCAUUGUGCAAAUUCCAAACCAACUUGGGGUUCUUGUAGGCUUGUAGCCAAGCUCCGUGCAAGUGAAAGAACCAAGCGGAGAGUAUCAGUAUGAAGCGAUUUUUCCAACCAAUAGAGAAAGAUGGCUCUUCCAAAAAACCUGCACUUUCAACCAAAGAUGACAAUGAAGAAGAAGAGAGAGAAUCUAAAGAUGACGGCAAAGAGCCCUUAAAGUUCUUGACAUGGAAUGCUAAUAGUUUACUUCUUCGUGCCAAAAACAACUGGUCUGAAUUCUCCAAGCUGGUUUCUUCUCUUGAUCCUGAUAUCAUUGCUAUACAGGAAGUAAGGAUGCCUGCUGCUGGUUCCAAGGGCGCAUCCAAGAACCAAGGCGAGCUAAAGGAUGACACAAAUGCCUCACGUGAAGAAAAGAAGGUGUUGAUGCGGGCCCUUUCAAGUCCUCCAUUUGGAAAUUAUCGUGUGUGGUGGUCUCUAGCAGAUUCCAAGUAUGCUGGGACUGCAUUGCUUGUGAAGAAAUGCUUCAAGCCAAAAAAGAUCUCCUUCUCUCUAGAUCCUUCAGUGAAAAAGCAUGAAUCUGAUGGUCGCUUGAUAUUGGCUGAAUUUGAGUCAUUGCGCUUUAUAAAUACAUAUGUGCCCAACAAUGGCUGGAAGGAAGAGGAAUCCUCAUUUGUAAGGAGAAGAAAAUGGGAUAAGAAGAUGUUGGAGCUUGUCUUGCAGUUAUCUGAUAAACCACUUAUUUGGUGUGGUGAUUUGAAUGUGAGCCAUGAAGAUAUUGAUGUAAGUCAUCCAGAUUUCUUUGCUGCAGCAAAAAUGAAUGGCUAUAUUCCUCCAAAUAAAGAGGAUUGUGGGCAGCCUGGAUUCACUAUAUCUGAAAGGAAACGUUUUGGUACCAUGCUGAGAGAGGGAAAAUUAAUAGAUGCAUACAGAUUUCUACAUGAGGAGAAGGACAUGGAGUGUGGCUUCUCAUGGUCUGGAAACCCAGUUGGCAAGUAUCGAGGUAAAAGGAUGAGGAUAGAUUACUUUUUAGUGUCAGAAAUGCUUAAGGACCGAAUAAUAUCCUGCAAGAUGCAUGGACAGGGCAUUGAGUUGGAUGGUUUCUGUGGAAGUGACCAUUGCCCAGUGUCACUCGAGCUUGCACCAAGUUCACCUGAUCCAACCCUGAACGAGGCUUCUAAUUGACAUUCUGAAGUAUAUAACCCCCCUUAUUUGAUGCAGUUUGAGAAGUAUUUCAGGCAUAUUGAUCCAGAUUAGUAUGUAAAUGAUUUACUAUUGAGUAAAGCAAUUUCUUCUUUAGUGUACUGUGCACUAGUAAUGAACAUGUUGCGAUAUGACUCAUGUAUUCGAAUAGAUCUUUAAUUAGUUAGGUCUCUUAGUAGUAUGUUAACCAGAUAACCAUUUUUCUUCUGGCUUUCUGCAUUAGAGGGUUUAUCAGUCUUAUGAGUUUUAACUUUUGAGAGGGUUUAAAUGAAUGUGUGAAAGUGUGCUAUUUGGUGCACAAAAAAAAAAGAAGAAGGCGAGACGCGUUAGUGUGUUGAUGUACAAGGAUAACCUGUCUAAAUGUAAAUACGGAGUACAUCUAAAAGAGACCGUGAGCAAUUGUUGAUGAUAUUUUUGGUUUUAAACAAGUA